AUGGGCAUCAACUUCCACUUCCGCAAGCCAGAGCUCAUGUCGCAGUUGACGUGGCGGGUGCUUGCAAUAUACAUGUUUGUUUCUAACUUCGGGUUCGAUCUUGCAUGGUGGUCCUCGUGUCUUGGCCUCCAGCAGUUUGCAGAUGACUAUGGCGUCUCCGAUGGCCCCGGGCAAAAGAAGUACAUCCCGUCGAACUGGCAGUCUGCUGGCACCGGUACCCCCAACGCGGGCAUGGCCAUCGGAUGCAUUUUCGGUGGGUUUUGUUGUCAAUAUCUAGGAAGGAAGAUGACUAUCGUUGUAUUGGCCAUCGUUUCCAUUGUCGGUGUGGUCAUUCAGUGUGCUGUUCCUUCUUACUGGGGUGUCCUUGUUGGUCGCACCAUCAACGGUAUCUCCAUGGGCAUGGAAAGCAAUGUCAUCCCGACUUACAGUGCAGAAUUAGCUCCUCCUGCCAUUCGUGGCUCUCUCGUCAAUUUCUACCAGUGGUGGCAGAUUGUCGGAAACAUUGUCACUGCUAGCUUUAUCUACGGCACUUCUAUACACUUGAAGGGACAAUGGCAGUAUAAGCCCGUCAUGAUCACCCAGGUCUUUGUUCCAGUCGUGCUUCUGACCGGCGUCUGGUUUAUGCCCGAAUCGCCCAGAUGGCUGCUCAUGAAGAAUCGUCGCGCCGAUGCUGAGAGGGCCCUUGCAUCCAUCCGCAAAGGAUUAUCGGGCCCCGAAGAAGUUGCGGCCGAACUUGCCCUCACUGAAAGUGCGCUGCAGGAGCAGAUGGAGCUCGCUGCCCACAUAACCUAUCUCGAUUGUUUCAAGGGAUCCAACCUCCGCCGCACUCUCAUCGCAGUCAUCAUUCAGAUCAUGCAACAGAUCCAGGGCAAUUCCUUCAUGAACAACUACCUCGUCGUAUUCCUUCAGCGUAUCGGCAUCAAGAACUCCCUGCAGAUUUACAUCGCUGAAAACGCCACCCAGCUGGGCGGCAUCACCCUUGCGUUUUACUUCACGGACAAGAUUGGCAGGCGGCCCAUUCUCAUUGUCUCCGCAUUCUUCAUGGGUGCCCUCAUGUGGAUUGUCGCCGGCCUAGGCGCUUACACGAAUGUUCAGGGUUCAUCGGCGCAGGGCUGUGUUGCCGCCAUUCUGAUCUACCAGGCCAUUGCGGGCGGCUGCUGGGGCAGCUGCACGUGGAUUACCACAUCAGAGGCCGCUGCUGCUGCAGUCAGAGAGAAGACUAUCAUGACGGCAACAUUUAUGAGCUUCUGUAUGGUGCUGAUCAUCACCUAUGUGAACCCGUACGUGCAGAACGAAGGAUACGGCAAUCUCGGUGCCCGUGUUGGAUUCGUAUACGGAGGCUGUUCGUUCCUGGCCCUGCUGUGGACGUUUUUCUUCUUGCCCGAGCUCAAGGGGAGGAGCUUGGAGGAGCUGGAUGAGAUGUUUACCGCCAGAGUUCCCACGAGGAAGUUUAAGGACUACGUUUGUAGCGGUCUUGGAGCUGAGCUUACAAAACUGCAGGCCAGUGGCUAUGAGGGUACGAUUGAAAUUAAGGCCAAGGAUGCCGUGGACGGGCUGGAUGAGGAUGUUGUCAGUACAGAUGCAGAGAAGCGCGUGUAA